AUGUGGUUUCUGAUCUUGGCCGCCGCCGCCGCCGUCUCCGUGAACGCCCAAAUCACCGUGCCGGAUCAUUGCAAGCUCCCACUGGACAUGGGCAAAACGCCGUGCAAGUCGAAGCCUGAGAUCAGAGUGAGUUCGCGACGAAUACGGUAAUACAGUACCCCUUUACAGUACCACUUCGACACGAAAGCCUUCCUGCCGCUCGCCUUCGAGUACACCGGAUGUGGAGGAAACAAGAACAACUUCAAGAGUUCGCAGGCGUGCAGAAUCGAGUGUCUUGGAAGUGAGUUGGCUGUUCACUUUCACAAAUAAUUGCAAUUUCAUUUCAGUUGACUACAAUGGUUGUGCAGCCGGAAGUAGCCCACUUGCCAAGCCGGAUACUUGCCAGGAAGAUGUAAGGAACCGUAACUUUGCAGGAUUAUUAGCCUUGGUUUUUAGUAUCUACCUGGAAAGAUUCGGAAUAUCCCAUCUGGAGAUAUACUGAAAUUCUCGCGAAAAUCUGUUAAUCCGAUUGGUCUGAAACUUGUCAGGUAGACACUCUGAACCAAAUCUGAGUCCCUUUGAGACGUCUCGCAUCAAUCACAUUUCCCCCAUUUCCAGAAGGACUGCGGACCAAAAGGGUCCUGCCAAUGGGCUUCGUCCAGCUUCAAGAUCUGCUGCGACAAGGUGAUCACCGAGAAAGUCGACGCCGACUGGAAUCCAAAGUGUCCAAAGGGAAAGAAGGUGUACGAGGAAGUGAGCGGAGGAAUCCCGACCACGCGCAUCGGAAAGAGCUGCAAAUCCAAGUUCUGUCCGAAGGGCGCCACGUGUGUCGAGGGCAACUACUUUGCCGCUUGUUGCAAGUAA